AUUGGCUCGAAAAGCUGUGGUGUUCUUCUUCCGGGAUGCUUGCGCGCUGGGAUCAAUCGCUCGAUCUAUCUCCUCCAUAGCCGAUCUAGGUGACGAUUCCAUCCAUUUGGGGCGACCUAAAUUAGGGUUUUUGACCUAGUGGCUUCGUCCCCGGAGGAAGGGAGGGUUUGUGAGCGCCGGCAACGACGCAGCGGUUUGAGCGAGCAUCCAGCGCCAGGAGAAUUCGUGUUCUUUCGAAAAAAAUUUCCCCUUCUUUCCACUCUUGGUGUGAGAUCUUUCCCUCUUUCUUUUGUCUUUUUCUUUCUUUUUUUUUUCUCUUCGUUCUCUUGGUAGAACAGCGGCGCUGGCUCUUGGGGACGAGCCCAGCGAUUCUUCUCGGGAGAGUCUUGGGGAAUUUGAGCAGGGGGAAGGAAUUUAGGCACAGGCAGGGCAGGGGGAAAUUUUUUCCAGGGGAGAUUUUCGCUCCAUGGGAGGGAAUUUCUCCGCGGCGAUUGAUGGAUUGGGUCUCUGGCAGGGCUAGGAGGAUUUGCUCGCUGGGUCGGGCUCGAUGGAGCAAUGCCAGUGGUGAAUUCCUGGCGCUAGGGUGAAUCUUUUGGGAGGUUUUCGCCCGGGCAUUGGAAGAAAGCCUAUAAUGGUCUGUUCUAGGCAUGGAAAGAACUGAGCCAUCUCUGGUGCCAGAAUGGCUCAAGGGUGUUGGAAGUGGCUCCUCGGCGCAUCACCAAGAUGACGGUCCUAGGCAAAGAUUAUCACAGCAUAGCGAACAAGAGUCUCCACGCUACUCUGCGUACGUACCACCGAGAAGAAUAACCAUUCCAGAGCGUCACCAAGUCGACAAGGAUUCUUACACUGGUAGCCGUGUCUAUCCCAACUUUUCUCGGACGCCAUCGUCGUAUCGAGCUGACCACCAUCGAGGUGAUUGGGAUUCGGAUAGGGAGAGGGAGAGGGAUAGGGAGAGAGCAGCGACUAGUUUUUUGAGCGACGGGAAGGACAGGGAUGAUCGUGCAAAUGGUCGCUGGCCCGGACCGGGCAGGGUACUAGAUCAAGAGUUUCCACUUCGACGUCCACACACUGUAGGGAAUUCUGGUAGGCUAGCGGAGAAUGGAGAGAAGAGGUUUGUUAGCGAUAGCAGUAGCAGCAGCAGCAGCAGCAUCAAACUCGCAGGCCCCGUACCAAAGGCUGCCUUUGAGCGGCAUUUUCCAUCGCUUGGUACUCAGGAGAAGGUUUACUCGAGCCUCGGCAAUGUGUCCGUGUUGAGCCCCCGUCACCUUUGGCAACACUCUCGGACCGGUGUUGGUCUGGACUCGGAUAGUCGCUCCAGCCUCGUGGAGCCCAACGGCGUCGCUCCCAGUGCUACGUCCGGGACGCCAAAGAUGGCUGAAGCUCUAGCUCACAAUCCUCCUCGAGUCAGAACUCCACCACAGCUAUCUACAGAAAACAGGCUGGAAGAACUGGCUCUUAAACAGUCCAGGCAGCUUGUGCCGAUGAUUCCAAAGACGGCUCUCAACUCUCGGGACAAAGCCAAGCCAAAGCUGACCAGCCUGGUGUCCCCUAGCACACCAAAGAUCACUCAAGCUCCGAGCAGCCCGAUGCUUAGACAACCUCCUCCGAUACGCGUCGAAACUCCAAAGACUCCCCAGAGCAAGCUUCACGUCCUCAAGCCCGGGGUGGCGAUUCCAGAGACCGCUCCAGCCGCGAGCUCAGUUGGCAGAACUCCAACUGCCGGCGCGAACUCCACUGCUCCUCGCAAGCUGAAGCAGCUGCUAGAUCGCCGGGCCGUCCCGAUACCUCCGCUCUCCGCCAGCGCCGGGGGAGCCGACGCAAGCCGAGCUCGAAGCAGCAAAGAGAACGGCGUCACCGAAGACAAGAGGCUCCAGGCACAGGCUCAGAACCGAAGCGACUUUUACAACGCUAUCCGGAGGAAGGCCGCCGGCGCAGGAGGAAGCAGUAGCAAGCCGGAGGAGAAGAGCAGCAGUGGCGACUCCAACGGCGGCGGUGGUGGUGCCGGGAAUGGCGGUGACAGGGAACUGGAAGAUGAGACGCAGGAUGGUGGUGAAAGUCCGCCGGUGGCGGAGGUGGAUCAUCGCCGCCACCACGCGGCUCCCACCGCUUAUCUCGAUAACGACGACAAUGCUGCCAAUGGCGUGAAGAGCGAGCACUCGAUCAAGGACGUUGUUGGUGGCUCCGAGGAGGAGGAAGCGGCAUUUUUGAGAUCGCUCGGGUGGGAGGAGGACGGCGACGCCGAGGGAGGAGAGGGGCUGACCGAGGAGGAGAUUAGUGCGUUUUAUCGAGAGCAUAUGAGGUCGAUGAGUAGCUCCCCUCUGAGCAGCCGGAUACAUAACAGGCUCCAGAAUGCCGUGCUUCGAUCUAGCGGAGGAAUCAACGGGGUCUCGGCUGGAAUCAGCUCGUCCGACUCGGAGUCCGACGGCGAAGUCCGCGCCGCCAACAAUGUUCUCGCGUCGAGACUCGUGGGAUGAUAAUUGGUGACAACGCAAAGAAGGAUGGCAGUCACACGGAGGAGGAGUCGAUCACUCUCGGAGUUCUAAAGGUUUUUUUUUUGUUUUGGCUGGAAGAUGUCGUGUACAGGCAUGGAAGAAGGAAAAAUUAAACAAGGAUUUGCCGUUCUUCAAGAGGUAACGAGGAAAGAAAAAGUGAGAGAAGAGAGAAGUUGUGGGAUGUCUUUGACCACUCUGGAAGCAAAGAAAAUUUUUUUAUUACUAUAAUCCGAGGAAGUGUUCCAAGUCA